CCAUCUCAGCAGGAAAAAAAAAGAAGAAAAAAUCUGGAGCUUCCUUCUGGCGGUGUUCGUUUUGGACAUGGCUUGGAGCUGCUUCUCAUGUACUGCUUCAAUUCCUCUGCAACCCCAAGUGAAUUUCAGACCCAGUAGCCAGAAAUGCCUUCAGGACGUCAGGAACAUGGUGAAAUCGCUCGGGAUCCACUCGAUCAGGUCUUCUCCCGUCGAUUCUCUCAGGAAUGGAAACUGGGUCAAGCUUAUUUGCGGUGCUAGUUUCGAGGAUGUAGUUGACAUAAGGAAUCUUUCUCUGGUUUACACUUUGGCUGGAGUGGACUGCAUUGACUGUGCUGCCGAUGAAUCAGUGGUGAAUGCAGUGAACCAGGGGAUUGAGGCGGCGAGAGAAAUUGUGGAGGUUGGGAGGCCUUGGGUGAUGAUAAGUGUUAAUGAUGACGAAGAUCUUCACUUUCGCAAAGCUGAGUUUGAUCCGGCUGAUUGUCCCCAAGAUUGCUCAAGGCCUUGUGAGAUUGUAUGUCCUGCUAAUGCAAUAUCACUAGAGAAAGAAAAAUCCUCAGCAGGUCGUCUUUGGAAUACCAGUGAUGAGGGUAAAGAUCAGGGUGGGGUUUUGACUGAGCGAUGUUAUGGUUGCGGGCGAUGCAUUCCAGUUUGCCCAUAUGAUAAAAUAAGAGUGCAUACAUAUGUAAGAGAUGCUGCUGCUACUUCUGAGCUUUUAAGAAGAGAAGAUAUCGAUGCUUUAGAGAUACAUACAAGCGGAAGGCAGAUUUUGCACUUUAGGUCACUUUGGGAGGGUUUGGGAGACUCAAUCCACCAUCUGAGAUUAGUGGCGGUUAGCUUUCCCGAUGUUGGGGAUUCUACCAUCUCUACAAUGAAGACCAUGUAUUCAAUCAUGGAACCUCGCCUACGUUGCUCUAAUUUGUGGCAGUUGGACGGCCGUCCUAUGAGUGGGGAUAUCGGACGUGGUGCCACAAAGGAAUCUAUUGCUUUUGCUGUUCGUCUAGCUGCUGCAAGCGACAGACCUAGAGGUUUUCUUCAAUUGGCGGGUGGCACCAAUGCUCAUACAGUUGCUGGACUAAAAAAACAUGGACUUUUCCAAACUAAAUCUGUUUCUGAAGAGAACUUCAAGGAUGGGCAAUCAACAGUCGGAUCGAUCAGGCCGUUGGAUGCUCCUAUUGGAGGCAUAGCUUACGGAGGGUAUGCUCGCAAGGUCGUUGGGAGGAUUCUCAGUGCUAUGCAGCCAGGACUGACUUCUAUAGAAGAAUCUCCAGAUUAUCUCUUGAAGGCACUAGCAGAAGCGCUUGCUUUAGUUGGAACUGUCAAAUGCUAUGAUAUCCCUUCUUAGACAGCAUUAUAUGAGUAACUUGUGUCUCAAAUUUUAAUAGCUUCUGAUUCCAUUUAGAUGAAUUUCGAUCUUGAAUUUCCAAUCUAAAAAUUUGCCUGGGUGGAAGUUAACUUUCUCA